UCGCUGUGGUCGAAGAGAUCAAAGGUCAUUGCUCUCGAAAGAGUAGUUUGAAAACGCACUUGGAGCACAUUCUUCGCAGGGACAAAAAGCUUUUGUUUCUGAAACUUUCUGUAAACUCUGUCAUUUCACAGUUAUUUUAAACCGAACGACUGGUAAAAAUGCCCCGUGAAACCAAGGCAAACAGGCGCAAAAAUCCAAGCCCAAAACUCAGUGAGGUUCUGGAGGAGCUCAACACGCUGAAAAAGGCCCACGAAAACCUCAUCCAGGACAAAAAAGGCCAGGGUCUUUCUACCAAGGUGGUAGCUCUUGAGCGUGAAAAUGCUCAAUUGAAGAAAGAACUGGAAGAACUUGCUGUUUCAACUGACACCAAAGAGUUGAGAGAGAAAUUCAAAAACUUAAAAGAAGAGAAAUAUCAGACGAGUGAAGAACACUUGACCCUGAAACAGGCCAACCUUGACAUGGUCUGGGAACUUGAAGAGUGCAAGGCCGUGUUGGUCCAACAAAUGGACAUCAAUGACAAAAAUGAAGCUUGCAUCAAAAAGCUGAAACAGCAGCUUAAAGAUUUCAAAGAGCAGAAGGCUGCAAAGGGAGGCAAAGGACCCAAACCAGACAACAAUCAAGCCUUUGAGGACCUUAAAAGAAAAUAUCAAGAGUCUCAAGAAGAAAAUGAAGAAUUAAAGGCAGAAUAUCAAGUUCUGGUUGAUGAAUUUGGAGAUUUGGAGAAAGAAAAGGCUGACUUAAACAAGAAACUGGAGGUCUCUGCUCAGCAUGAAUCCACUAUCGCUGAGCUGAAACAGCAACUGAAGACACAUGAGGAGGAAAAAAAGGCACUCCUUGAAUUGGUCAAACUAAAGGAAAAAGAAACUGAAGAUGCAAAAGGGGAGUUGGAAGAACUGAAGGCAAACAAAGAGAAGACAUCAGCCUCUGUACAGACUGACUCUGUGAAUCAGGAAUGCAUCACCAAAGAGGGAGAAACCACAAAUCCCAUAGAUCAGACUGUGAAAAAGACAACAGAGGUUGAAAAAACAAACUCUCCUGACACAGAAAAUGAUGGAAGGGCUGAAAAGGAGAGUGAUGGAAUAAAGGAAGAUCCUCAAGAAAUCCAAGAGGAACUUUCUGUCAAGAACCUUGAAAGCAGGGAGAAAACAGAACAACAGGUUGAAGUAGAAGUGAAAUCAAAGAAAGGAAAGAAGGUCAAGAGGUUUUCCUUCACCAAAUUCUGCCGCAGAUUGUUUUGCUUGAAAAAGUAAAGCAAGCGACUGCGCAGAAUUCAAAAAAGGGGCUGCAUGGUUAAAUUGGCGUUUUCUUUCCAUGCAUGCGUGGGGUUUUCUCUGGGUGCUCUAGUUUCCCCCCACAAUCAAAAAAAUACAUUAGGACUGUACAACAAUCACUGCUAAAAGGACUUCAACAUCUGCUACAUCCUCUUCUAGAUCAAAUAAACGGACUUGAACCAUUUCCAAAAAAAACGGGCUGCAUGGUUAAAUUGGCGUUUUCUUUCCAUGCAUGCGUGGG